AUGGAUCACGAAAAGGGUACUUUUGGCGCACUUUCUACGUCCUUCCAGGCAGAGCUAGAGCCACAGUAUGCCGAUCUUCUGCUUUUCGCCUGCUGUUUGAUUUCAGGAUUGAUGGACAGCACGAUAUACAGCGGUAGGAAAAUAUCCAAUUCCUUCUCAGAUUACAUUGCUGACCUCGGGACAUUCGAAGCCUACAACACUUUUGUGUCUAUGCAAACCGGAAACACCAUUUUCGUCGGACUAGGUGCAUCAUCACAAAAUCUCCGGCCCUAUGGCUGGGCUCGGUCCCUGACCUCAAUCGGCUCGUUCAUCUUGGGAUCUUUUCUUUUCGCGCAAUUGCAUCGAUGGCUAGGUGCCCGGCGGCGAGGAAGUUUGAUGCUGUCCUUCCUCCUGCAGGCGUGCUUAAUCCUGCUGACGGCCGCUCUGGUUCAAGGAGGGGCUAUAUCAAGUGCUCUUGAUGGCAAGCUCUCAAAGAAGGUCCCCCCAUGGGAUCAGGAGGUUCCGAUUGUACUUCUCAGUAUCCAAUCCGCAGGCCAGAUCGUGGCAAGUCGUGCCCUGGGGUUCAAUGAGAUCCCGACCGUGGUGAUCACCAGUCUUCUUUGUGAUUUGAUGUCGGAUCCGAAACUUUUUCUACUGAGAAAUGAGAAGCGUGACCGUCGUAUUAUCGCCUUUGUGUUGACGCUUGUGGGUGCGAUCAUUGGCGGAUGGGUCACUAAGGCUACCGGGGCGAUUUCUCCCGUUUUGUGGCUGACUGCUGGAAUCAAAGGCCUGCUCGCCUUAGCUUGGGCCUUUUGGAAGGCAAAGUAA